UGAUACUGAUUGUUCGAGGGAGUGGAAUUAGGCAGAGGGACAAACAGGCAGCCAUUGAUCGAACUAUCCGAUCUAAACAACUGUCCGUCCCGACCGAGUGACCGGUGCCUCUCUGGAUCAGGAGUUAAAGGAGAAUGAGCCAGUCUCGGCCGGACGAGUUUAAACCUCCUCCUGAGUGCCCGGUGUUCGAGCCCAGUUGGGAGGAAUUCGCAGAUCCUUUCGCUUUUAUUAAUAAAAUCCGACCGAUUGCCGAGAAGACUGGGAUUUGUAAAGUGAGACCUCCAUCGGAUUGGCAGCCUCCAUUUGCAUGUGAUGUCGACAGACUGCAUUUUACUCCUAGGAUCCAGAGACUCAAUGAGUUGGAAGCACAGACCCGGGUCAGACUCAACUUUUUGGACCAGAUUGCUAAAUUCUGGGAACUUCAGGGAUGCUCACUCAAAAUUCCUCACGUAGAGAGAAAGAUACUAGAUCUUUACCAGCUACACAGGCUGGUUGCAGAUGAAGGUGGUUUUGAAAUAGUCUGUAAGGAGCGCAGAUGGACAAAGAUAGCCAUGACGAUGGGCUUUGCACCAGGCAAGGCUGUGGGUUCACACCUCCGUUCUCACUACGAGAGAAUCCUCUACCCGUUCAACCUCUUUCAGUCUGGGGCCAAUCUGCUGGCUCCAGAGCUAGCAGCCAAACUGAUGAAUUUUGGGGCUGCUACUGAGCAGGAGAAGGUUGAUCAGAAGCCCUCCCUGCCGGAAAAUGGCGAUGAUCAAGAAUACAAACCUCACGAUCUGGUGCAGAGGCAGAACGUACAGGUGCAACCCAAGGAUGCAUGUGCGCCUGCCAGAAGAGCCAAGCGGAUGAAGGCUGAGCCUGGUUGUGGAAAGUCAGAGGCUGGUACAGAAGGAGAGGGUGGUGAGAGCAGGCCCAAUCUCAGGAGAAGGAUGGGUUCUUUUGUAGUGAAGUCUGAACCAGUGAACGAAGUCCCUAUUAAGAUCAAGCAGGAGCCAGUGGAGAGUCCUCUACAAAUCGAACCAGAGAAAACUAAAUCACGCUAUAAGAAGAGCACUUUACCACCACCUGAUACCAAAGUGGAUAUGUACGUGUGUUUGGUAUGUGGGAGCGGCAGCGAUGAAGAUAGGCUGUUGCUGUGUGACGGCUGUGAUGACAGUUACCACACCUUCUGCUUGAUUCCACCCCUUCAUGAUGUCCCUAAGGGUGACUGGAGGUGUCCCAAGUGUCUGACACAGGAAUGCAGCAAACCACAGGAGGCAUUCGGAUUUGAGCAGGCACACAAAGAGUAUUCCCUAAAAUCAUUCGGGGAAAUGGCUGACGCAUUUAAGUCAGACUACUUCAACAUGCCAGUUCAUAUGGUGCCGACUGAACUAGUAGAAAAAGAGUUCUGGCGGUUGGUGGGUACUAUUGAGGAAGAUGUGACGGUUGAGUAUGGAGCCGAUAUUGCCUCCAAGGAGUUUGGCAGUGGCUUUCCCAUCAAAGAUGGCAAGUUCAAGGUUGCUGCCCAGGAUGAGAAGUACUUGAGCUGCGGUUGGAACCUGAAUAACAUGGCUAUGACGAAUCUGUCCGUGUUGACCCAUGUGCCUGCUGAUAUAUGUGGCAUGACUCUGCCCUGGCUUUAUGUGGGCAUGUGCUUCUCCUCUUUCUGCUGGCACAUUGAGGACCACUGGAGCUACUCCAUCAAUUACCUGCACUGGGGAGAACCUAAGACAUGGUAUGGAGCUCCUGGAUUUGCUGCUGAGCAGUUGGAAGCAGUGAUGAAGAAGCUAGCACCUGAGCUAUUUGACUCCCAGCCAGAUCUGUUACACCAGCUCGUCACCAUCAUGAAUCCAAACACCCUCAUGGCUCAUGGAGUACCAAUUUACAGGACCAAUCAGUGUGCAGGGGAGUUUGUCAUCACAUUCCCAAGAUCCUAUCACAGUGGCUUUAACCAGGGCUUUAACUUUGCAGAGGCAGUGAACUUCUGUACUGUGGACUGGAUGCCGCUGGGCCGUCAGUGUGUGAAUCACUACCGCUUGCUGAAUCGUUACUGUGUGUUUUCACAUGAUGAGAUGAUCUGUAACAUGGCUGGCAAAGCAACUAAACUAGAUGUUGUCCUGGCCUCAGCCGUGCACAAAGACAUUUUGCUGAUGAUCAACGAGGAGAGGGAGCUCAGAGAGAAGAUCCGCAAACUGGGAGUGGUGCAGUGCAAGUUGUUCAAAUAUGAACUGCUGCAGGACGAUGAGAGACAGUGUGUGAAGUGUCGGACGACGUGCUACCUGUCUGCGCUCAGCUGUUCAUGUCAGCCUGGCGUGCAGGUGUGUCUGCACCAUGUCAACCACCUGUGUUCCUGCCCCGUCUCCAACUACACACUCAAGUACCGUUUUACACUAGAUGACCUCUAUCCCAUGAUGAAUGCUGUGAUGGAGAGAGCUGACUCGUAUGAUGAAUGGGCAUCCCGCGUUUCAGAGAUCCUGGAGGCCAAACUGGACAAGAAGCGCACUCUUUCUGUGUUCCACACUCUGCUGGAGGAGUCCAAUCUGAAUAGUUUUCCGGAUAACGAUUUGUUACGGCACCUGAGAAUGGUCACUCAGGAUGCAGACAGAUGUUCGUCUGUGGCUCAGCAGCUGCUUAAUGGCAAGAGACAGACCAGGUAUCGGGCUGGUGGCGGAAAGACUCAAAGUCAGCUGACUGUAGAGGAAAUGAGGUCAUUUGUGCGUCAACUAUACAACCUACCUUGCUGCCUUACACAAGCACCAUUACUGAAGGAGCUGCUGAACUGUAUUGAAGAUUUCCAGGCUCACAGUGAGAAGGUUCUCUCUGACAUUGUGAGCUCUGAUUCUGUGCCGGAGAUUCAGUCUCUGCUGGAUGAGAGCUCAGAGUUUGAUGUGUACCUCCCCGAGGUUCCUCAGCUGAGGGAGAAACUGGAGAUUGCUCGCUGGUUGGCCACAGUGCAUCAGGCUGAGGUAUUGGGUGGCAGCGCCCGUGGCCUCUCUCUGGACACCAUGAGGCAGCUGAUUGAUCGUGCUGUUGGACUGAGCUCUGACCCCGCCAUGGAGCGAGCUAUGGCUUGGCUACAGGAGCUGCUCACUGUCUCUGAGCACUGGGAGGAGAAAGCACAGGCACUGCUUAAAGCCAGGCGUUUUGAGUGUGUGGAGUCUUUAUCUGCCAUCCUGAAAGAGGUCGAGACUGUUCCUACAUACCUGCCCAACUGUCUGCUACUGAAAGAUGCAGUUGACAGAGCUACAGAAUGGCUAAAGGAGGCUGAAGCUUUGCAGGCAGGAGGGCGCGUUCCUGUGUUGGACACAAUCAAGGACCUGGUGCUGAGGGGCAGGUCGAUUCCUGCACAGCUGGAUCCUCUGGAGAAACUGGAAGCACUUGUCUCUGAAGUGCAGGCAUGGAAGGAGUCUGCAGCAAAAACCUUUCUAGUGAAAAACGCCCCCUUCACCCUGCUGGAGGUGUUGUGUCCACGCUGUGAGGUAAGAAGUCCUGUGAAAAGAAAGACGAAGAAGACAAAAGGAGAUGCAGUGUCAUUUGGGAAAAAGAGAUCAGGAAGACUGGACUGUCUCACUGAUGUAGAGAAGACUCUGUCAGAGAGUAAAGACUCAGCUGCUGCCAUGGCCGCUCUCGCUGAAGUCCGUUUAAAAGAGCUGGAGUCCCUGGUGUCUCUCCGUGCAGCUAACGAAUCCAAACUGCUCCCAGCAGCAGACUGCGGUACUCUAAAAGUGUGCGUAUGUGAAAAGCCUCCCAUGGGCGCCAUGCGUCAAUGUGAGCUGUGUAGAGAUGCGUUCCACAGCGUGUGUGUGCGUGGGAUGGCAGAUCAGCCGGACUCUGAGCCGUGGUUGUGCCCCUCGUGUCGGCGUUCGGCUAAACCUGCCCUGGACAGGAUCGUACCACUGCUGGCGUCUCUGCAGAGGAUCCGUGUGCGGUUACCGGAGGGAGAUGUGUUGCGCUACAUGAUCGAACGUACAGUGAACUGGCAGCGGCGAGCACGGGAAGCCAUGACGUCCUAUGACCUAUCAUCUACCUCUCAGGAGCACAUGGGAAAGCGCUGUGGAGACGGCAGUGGGAAGGAUUGGAGCAGUCAAAAUCAGACUUCAGUCUUCUACAUAGAGCAGCGAUGCAUCCCUCUGCAGGGUCUAAGUGCAGAGCUGGAGGAGUUGAUGGUGGAGGGACUGUUGCUGCAGGUUUCAUUGCCUGAGACUCAGCAGCUCUACAUGUUGCUCCUGAAUGGCCCUCCUGCCCAGUGCAGUCCUCAGCACACACACCCAGCUAGCGAUAGCCCACGGCACUCACCCUAUCACACUCAGGAACACAUGGAGAGAGACGCAGUGACACCAGCAGAGAAGAAAGCAAAGAGGCGGAUGGAGAUAGAUGAGGAGAUGGGGUCAGACGUUGAGGCGAGGGAGCGAAGGUUCCUGAAAAGGAAGAAGCAGCGGAUGAGAAAAGAAAAGAGACGAGAAAGGAAAGCAACAUCGGCGUCUCCUACUUACCUCUCUGAUAUGUCCCAGUCAGAUGAUUCAGAGGAGGACAUGGUCCUCUGCCCAGCCGAGAGCUGCCUACAACCAGCUGGAGAUGAGGUGUUCUGGGUUCAGUGUGACUGCUGUAACCAGUGGUUCCAUAUGAUCUGUGUAGGCGUUUCAGCAAAAAUGGCAGCAGAAGAGGACUACAUGUGCUCAAAAUGCAUCACACAGAACACAGACCAGCGGCGAAAAUGAGACAGUGUGACAGAGGGAAUGAAGAGGAAAAUGAUGAGGCCUUGAUGGAUAAAUGCCAGUUAAUUUCCUCUUUCCCCCUUGGCCCUCCCCUUUGUACUGCCCUUUUUCCAAUGUGUAACUGACCCUUACCAACUAUCUCUGACCUCUGUAACAACGGUGCUAUUUCCUGUUUUUUUAUUUUAUUGUUUUGAAUGAUGCUAUUUGGUCAUAUUUUGUAUUUUUACAAUGUUUUCCUUCUAUUUGAACUGUUUGUGGUUUCAAAAAUAUGCUUAAUGAAAAGAGCUGCAUAGUGAAGUGUGAAAUGUACAGCAUGGGUUUUUAAUCCGUUGCAUUGUGGAGAAAAGAAAGCGGUCAUUUUGUUCAAAGCAUGUAAUGUAAAACAGAAGGUUUUCUUCUGCAUGCAAAAUGUUACAGAAACAGCAACCUUUUUUAAAUACCAAAUAACUCCAGUAAAUAAGAAAUAAUGAGACGUUUUUUGGAAAACCCACUGUUCAGUACACAUGCAUCUGGAAUAAUAUAAUUUUCUGUUAAUUGUUUUCGUUAUGUAGAUUAGAUUAUUUAUCUGAGCAAUAAUAAUGUCAGUAAGCAUUUGGGGGCUUGUGUGUCUUUAUGAACUGUGUGCUGUUACUGCUUGAGGGGUGAUGGUUCAUUGUACAGGAAGUGUAAAGUAUAGACGGUGCAGUCUGGUUUGGUGACUAGUGAUGUAGCAGCCAGGAAGACGUGUAUAGAAGAAACUGCCAUAGAACUCACUUGGGCUAUUUUCUGGGGAGGGAGGAUGAAGUGGGCAGCUGGGUUACGCUUGUUUAAAAUGUCCCAGUUUAUAGUGUGGAAUAAAAAAAAAACCUUUUGUUUAAUAUCUUACACAA